AGUUUCCCAGAGAGCGCGCGCCCUCCCGCCGCCUCCGUGCGUAAUGACCGCGGAGACGUCCGGGAGUUUCACAGGACGGUGUCGCCUCCGGAUUCGGUGCGCAGCGCAGGAUGAGGAGACCUCCUCAGUUCACGAAGUGCGGAGAUGGGACUCAGGCGGGUUGUGACCUGCUUUGGAUUCAGAGGACACUUUAAACAAUCAGAGGGGACGCGACGGAGAAAUCAAUUAGAAAACCAUGCGCUGUGCGUAUCCAUGGAGAGAUGGCAUGCGUGCUCCUCUUCAGUCGACUUCUCCCUUUCUCGCACCGGCUCAGAGGAACGUCCAUCUGCCUGCUGUCUCUUUUCCUCUCAUAUCUGUGCUACUGUGCGCUGUUCCCCGACGGAUCCGUCAUGCUCAGGUCAGCUGAUCCGACAGUCAGCUGUCAGCGCGCCGAUGGUGCCAAAAGGCGCCUCCAGAAAUCACCGUCCUGCGUCCUGGACGCGCGCGCGAGCAGCGUCGAGUCGCCCCGGCCGAGGAGCGACCAAAGACCCCCCUCCACCCUCCUCCACGCCGUCAGGAACGACACGCCCAGUCCCCCCAUGAGCAAUCUAAAGUUUGGCAAUAAAAAGUUACCGAACGCCAUCAUAGUCGGCGUGAAAAAGGGAGGCACGCGAGCCGUGCUGGAGUUCAUACGGAUCCAUCCCGACGUGCGCGCGGCGGGGACGGAGACGCACUUCUUCGACAGGAACUAUGACAGAGGCCUGGAGUGGUACAGAGGCUUAAUGCCCAGGACUCUGGAAAGCCAGAUCACGAUGGAGAAGACGCCGAGCUACUAUGUGACAAAAGAGACGCCUCACCGGAUCUCCGCCAUGUCCCAGGACACCAAGCUCAUCGUGGUUGUGCGGGACCCCGUCACCCGGGCGAUAUCCGACUACACCCAGACUCUGUCCAAAACCCCCGACCUGCCCAGCUUCCAGGACCUGGCCUUCCGAAACCAGAGCCUGGGCGUCGUGGACAUGUCCUGGAACGCCAUCCGGAUCGGCCUGUACGCUUUACACCUCGAGAACUGGCUCCGCUACUUCCCGCUGGCUCAGAUCCACUUUGUGAGCGGAGAGCGUCUCAUCACGGAUCCAGCUGGCGAGUUGGCUCGGGUGCAAGACUUCCUCGGGCUGAAGCGCAUCGUCACGGACAAACAUUUCUAUUUCAACCGCACUAAGGGCUUCCCUUGCCUUAAGAAGCCGGAGAGCAGCGGCUCGCCCCGCUGCCUGGGCAAGUCCAAGGGCAGGACUCACGUGCAGAUCGACCGAGACGCCAUUGAGCAGCUGAGGGACUUCUACAGGCCUCACAAUGUCAAGUUUUAUGAAAUGGUGGGACACGACUUCAAGUGGGAGUAGAGGUUCCAGACCUAUUUUUACACGGCGCGGGAAAGAUUUAUGCAUCCCGCAAACAGUUUGCCUACAGUGAAACGUCAGGCCGGAUAACUAAGUAUCAGCGCUCUCCAGAUGAUCUCCGAGUGAAACAGCAGAGGCAGUGCGCCGCUUUGAUGUGACUGUAAUGAACGGAGCAAAAAUCCGAGAUGACAUUGCUUUUGCACUUGUAACGAUCAGUUACCGGCGUCAGCAUCCUGUUUGUCGCUAGAUAUAGCCGUCAUUUCAGCUUGGGGAUCACAUGGUUUCGGUUCGUGUUACUGUGCAUUACUGCUGACUGGGCUGCUGACUUCUCCACAAAAAAAAAAAAAAAAAAAAAUAGGGGGAAGAAAUUCCAGGCAAUGGGAUUAGUUCCUUUUAAAAUCUGCUUCACUAAUCAAGGCGGGGUUUGAAAGCAAGUCCUUGGAAAAUGUCAGCAAAGUCUUCAGGGAGAGCAAAAUUAAGCUGCAGCACUGUGGUGGUAAAUCCAACGUAAAGCCAUAAGGCAAGUCUGAACCACCUAAUAUUACUUACUGUUCAGUUUGUGCACAGGGUGAAAAAAAAAAAAAAAAAAAGCUUUCCCCCCCUCUCUCUCAUUCUCUGCAGCAUGAAUCAGAUCUGUCUGUAUGAGCUGUAAAGAGCAGCACUUCACUUUGUACUCCGUGCCAAUUGUCUCUGCUGUGUUCGCAAAAAUCCAUGUUUAUAUUUUUGUUACCA